AUGUAUUACCUAUUAAAAAAUACAUUAAACUUUGAUAGCUUUAAGAAUAUAAAACUCGAUUUAAUUAACAAAGUCGAGACAUCUGAUAUUUCAAAUUCACAUGAAGAAAAUGAAGUAUUUAAUUUUUUAAAAGAUAAAGAAAUAUCUGCCGAAGAAUUAAAUCUCAGUAAACAAAGAAAUUUAAAAAAUACAGUUUCAAUGGAAAAAAAACUAAAGCAUAUCAAUAGUUUGAGGAAGUAUUUAAGUGAUAUAACAAAUAUAAGAUAUAAUGAAAAACCAAGUUCACAUAAAAGGAAAAAGAAAGCUCUCAGUGAAGGAAAUAUAAACGUAUGUUCAAUAUCAGAAGAUUUCUAUAAUUAUGAAAACAAAACAACUCAAAUAUUAAAGAACAAAACAAAUAUGAAAACUGUAAUAUUGCAUGAUAUGCUCUAUGAAACUUCACAUAAAAAGAUAGAGAAAAAUGGAUUUAUAAAAAAACAAUUUAUUAAAAACUUCUUAUUGAAAUAUGUUAUGAAAAAAUGUAAAAACAACACUAUGAAAUGCAUUUUAAUAAUAAAUAGAAUCGUAAUAAAUGGUAAAUUAAACAUCUAUAUUCAGUGUUGUAACAAAUUCAAUAUUGGAAAAGAUAACAACAGUAAACAUGCAAUGGUUUAUUUAGAAAAAAAUACCUACCAAAUGUUAAUAAAAAAGAAAUUAAAUUUUAUAAAAAAUAAUAGGAAAUUGCAAAGUUAUCUAAAGAAAUUACUUCUUGAAAGAAAUAACAUUAGAACUAAUCAAGUUAGAUAUGCUAUAAAAGAAAUAUAUUUAAAAAAAAGAUUAUGCUUAAAAAAUGUCAAUUGUAUUUUCAAUAAACAUGGAAAAUAUUUGAAUAACAGUAUAAACAGCCAUGAACAUAUUGAUAUGGUGAAGGAAAUAAAUAUAACACCUUUCCUUAUGGAUAAACAGGAAUUACAUGUGUACAACCAAAAUGAAAUUAGCAACGAUAUGUAUAAGCUUGAUGUAGAACAUAUUUAUGGAAAUGGAAAUAAUUUAAAAGCUCAAAAUCCUACUAACUUCAUAAAUAUAGACAUAAAUAGUAAUCAAGAUGAUAUCAGUAGAAUUAGGUUGUUUAAAAAGUGUAGUAAAUCUUUUGAAGUAAGUAACUUAAAAGACAGUAUAAAUACAAAUACGUUCAAUCAAAAAAAUAUAAAUUUAAGCAUAAUAAGAAGAAUGAGCACUAAUAAUCACCGGAUAAAUAAAAACCAUGUAAAAAAAAAUAAAGAUAAAAAUAUUCAUUUUCUUAGUAACAAUAUAAACUUUUAUGAAACCUUAAUUAAUCAAUCAAAAUCCAAAGAAAACAGUUUUAUAAAAGAUAACACAUUUUCUGAUAAAAAUAUAAUUCAAAAUCAAGAAAUUAAUGAAAUAAAGGAAAAAAUUAAAACAACAUUAAUAGGUUUAAACAAUAUUAAAAAAAAUAACUAUAAAUUAAAAUUCUGUCUUGAAAAAGAAAUAAUUGAUAAUACAAUCCAUCAUAAUGAAUUAAAAAAAAGUAUAACUUCUCUUUUCAAUGAAAAUACGUUACAAAAUAAAAAUGAAAAAACUGUAAAACAUCCUAAAAAUAAAAAAAAAUCAAUAAAUACAAGUAAUAGUAAACAAAAAUAUAUGGAAUUAGUUGUAAAAGAAAAUGAGGAAUAUACAAAUAAUGGAAGCAACCAAAUUGUUAACGUAAAUUUGCAAACAAAUGCAGAUUGUACAUAUAAUAAAAUAAAAAAUGAAAAUAAAGAUUGGGAGAAAUAUAUAGAAAACAAAAUAGAUGAACAGGAAAUUCUUUUUAACAAUUUCAAUGCUGAUGAGUUUGUGGAAAGAGAAUCUACACAAUUAGAAAGAGGACAACAUUUAAAAGAAACAAAUAAUAAGAUAAAUAAAAAGAAAACAAAUAUACUCAAUAAAAAUGAAUUAAAUGAAAAUAACUUUAUCAAUAAAAGGAACAUACAUGGUUCUGAAUUUGUUUGUGAACAAAAAGGUGAUAUGAUAAAAGAUGGUGAAAGAAAAUUAUAUAAUAAAAUUGAAGUAAAUCCAGACAAUAAUUUUAUAAAUAAAUUAAAAAACGACAAAAAAGAAGUUAUGGAUAAUUUUGAAAAUUAUGAAAAAGGAAUUACACAUGAUAAUAUGAGAAAUGCUGAAAAUGAAUAUCUAAGUUUUGAAUAUAAAGAGAAAGACACGUUAAUAAAUAAUAUAAAAAAUAAUAAUGAUAUAACAGAAAAUACGGUUAGUUCUAAUAAUUUUGCAAGUUUUACUUCUCUAAAAAAUGUGGUGCCAAGUUCAUAUAAAACCACAAAAAAAGAGUUUGAUAUAACAAAUGUAAGAUAUAUCAAAAAAAUAAUAAAUUGUGAAAUAUAUAUAAAUAGUAAAUUUGAAAAAAUAAAUGAAAGGAAUAAAAAUGCAAUAAAUAUAAUUGAAAAGUAUUUAAAUAACAGAGAUAGAAAAGCACAUAUAGACUUCACAAAACAAAAAGAGGGGAAAAAAACAUCUUUUAAAACAAAUUAUAUAUUUGAAAAUACACAAAAUGAAAAAGAUGUUAAAUUAUUACCAAACUUAUAUGAUCAUUAUGCAUGCUUAUUAUUGAACUUAAAAAAUUCAAAAGUUGUAUAA